AUGCCGGAACAGAGCAAUGACUACCGAGUGGCUGUGUUUGGGGCAGGUGGUGUUGGCAAGAGCUCCCUCGUUUUAAGGUUUGUGAAGGGGACCUUCCGAGAGAGCUACAUUCCAACGGUGGAAGACACCUACCGGCAGGUGAUCAGCUGUGACAAGAGCAUAUGCACACUGCAGAUCACCGACACUACUGGGAGCCACCAGUUCCCUGCCAUGCAGCGGCUGUCCAUCUCCAAAGGUCAUGCCUUCAUCUUGGUCUACUCCAUCACUAGCCGGCAGUCCCUGGAGGAGCUCAAGCCCAUCUACGAGCAGAUCUGUGAGAUCAAGGGGGAUGUGGACAGCAUCCCCAUCAUGCUGGUGGGGAACAAGUGUGACGAGAGCCCCAACCGGGAGGUGCAGAGCAGUGAGGCAGAGGCCCUGGCACGCACCUGGAAGUGUGCUUUCAUGGAGACGUCGGCCAAGCUCAACCACAACGUCAAGGAACUCUUUCAGGAACUGCUCAACCUGGAGAAGCGCAGGACCGUGAGCCUCCAGAUCGAUGGCAAGAAGAGCAAACAGCAGAAGAGGAAGGAGAAGCUCAAGGGCAAGUGCGUGGUCAUGUGA